CUCAAGUUCAAGCUGUAGCAGCUUAUGCGUUCUAUGCGAUUGUGUAAUUGCAUAUGGCGGUUGUUGACAUUGUGAAAAGUUUUGAAUUCUAAUUUUACAUAAAAGUGUCAGUAUGAAGAUAUGGAAGAGACAUUAUUAGAGUUCCCAGUCUUCAUUGAAGAAACGCAGAGCGUCAUCACAUUAUUUCUUACUCAGGAAAUAAUUAAUAAAAUUCAAACAGAUCAAAAGUUGCUGCAAUCGCUUGUAAACAGAGAAAUCAGUAAGCAGAAUAAUUCUACUGACUUCUCAAGUUCUUUAGAAAUUAGUCAGCCUUCAUCAGCAUUGUCUGAAAAUGUUGAUUCCGAAGAAAAUGAUUGUUUGACGAAUACAAAAGGAUUUGUAUGAUCUGAUGCUGCAGUAUAUUUACUAUUAGAAUUGUAUUGGGAGAAAGAAUCCGACUUCAAUUCGGGAUCUAAAAGAAAUGCUACUAUUUGGGCUGAAUUAGUAGAAAAAAUGAAAGAAAAUUUCAACGGAAAAUAUGCUGUAACUGAGUUGCAAUGCUCUGUAAAGAUGUCUGGUCUUAAAAGAACAUUUAAAAACAUAAGCGAUCAAAAUAAAAAGAGUGGAAAUUGUCGGAAUACAUGGGCCUUUUAUUUGGUGAUGGACUCAAUUUUUGGGAAAAAGGCUUUUGUGAUGCCACCUGCGAUUGCAUCAAGCGAAGGUCCAGUUAAGCCAACAAAUGUGACAGAAUCACCUUCAUUGCCAUCUAAUCCAAGCAAAAAGCGAAGAGUUGAGACUGUGCUGAAGAAUUUCAUUGAUGAUAUAAGACAAGAUAGGAACAUAGCAAUAGCCAAAAGAGAAGAAGAGAGGAAAGAAUAUGAGAAAUUAAAAGCACAGCGAUAUAUCGAGCGUAAAGAAGAACAAAGGAAAAUUCAUGAAGAGAAAAUGGAGAUACAAAAAUCAUUGAUUGAAAUUAUGAAACUUUUAAUUGAAAAGCAAAAAUAAUUUUGAUACCUCUAUAUUUAUCUAUAGCAAAAAGAAAUAGUCCUAUAAUUUCCGUAAUGGCAUUGUUUCGGUGGUAUGCCCUACAUUCUAUUUUCUAUGUGAUAGCUAGUUUGUAACAAGUCUGUGAUCUAUCGACAAUACGUACAAAUGAUAUUAAUGUAAGAAGUGAUAUUAAUUAAU